AAAUCCAUCUCUGCAGCUGCGUAGUGAAGCUUCGGAACAUCAACCUCCCGAGUUCGGCCGGAGCGGGAGAAAGGUCUGGCGUGACUCCGCGAACAUGGCGCUAAACAGGAACCACUCGGAGGAGGGGGGCGUCAUCGUCAAUAACAGUGAAAGUGUUUUGAUGACUUACAGUCACAUUGAAAUAACAUUCCAUGAUAUGGACCAUAUGCCAGAUGUGUUCAAAGGGACCAAGAAAGGGAGUGUUUUCCUGACCCCAUAUCGUGUAAUCUUUGUGUCUAAAGGAAAAGAUCCCAUGCAGUCUUUCAUGAUGCCCUUUUAUUUGAUGAAAGAUUGUGAGAUUAAGCAGCCGGUUUUUGGAGCAAACUACAUCAAGGGUGCAGUCAAGGCCGAGGCAGGAGGUGGCUGGGAAGGAUCUGUAACAUUCAAAAUGACAUUCUCAGCUGGAGGUGCUAUUGAAUUUGGACAACGUAUGCUUCAAGUAGCAUCUCAAGCUUCAAGAGGCGAGGUCCCCAAUGGAGCUUAUGGCUACUCAUACAUGCCAAAUGGAGGUUAUACCUUUCCACCCCUUGCUGCCAAUGGAAUGUACCCUUCCCCUCCUGCAGGGUACCCUUAUCCACCACCGCCUCCUGCAGAGUUUUAUCCUGGUCCUCCAGUAGAUGGAGCCAUGGGAUACAUGCAGCCUCCUCCACCUCCCUAUCCUGGGCCCAUGGAGCCACCUGCCUCUGGCCCAAACCUUCCCUCUACUCCAGCAGCUGAAGCCAAGGCUGCAGAAGCUGCUGCGAGUGCUUAUUACAGCCCAGGCAACCCACACAAUGUCUACAUGCCCAUGGACCAGCCUCCUCCUCCUCCUUACUUCCCACCAGAGGACAAGAAAACGCAGUAAACCACCUCUCAUUGAUUCCUUAUUUCCAUUUGGCUCAAUAGGGAUAUGAUUAGGGAUAUGAUGGUGAUAAGGAGAGUCCAGUCUUCCUCCUGUACACGUAUCUUCCACAAGCAGCAGUGGUGGAUACGUGUGCCACCGGGAAAGAGAUUUUAAAGUUCCUUGGAUUGUCAUAUAUAAACCUGAGAAUUUACUUCUCCCUUCUAUAUGAAUUGUUCUUCAUGUCGAUGAAUAGCGAAGGGAAAAAAUUGUUCUUCCUCACCUCUCCGUUUUUCACCUGGACAAAGACUUCUUCAGAACUAACAGAUAGUGGGAUUGAUCGUUGGCAUCUUGUUCUGUUGCUCAGCCCUUGCAUGGUGAAACUUUGGAAGAAAAUGGACUCUUUGAUCUUUUGAUCAGUUUCAAUGCAUGAACUCUGCCACGGUACAAUAGGAAAUGCACCGACCUACUGACAAGACCAUCUAAUGGGAUGUACUUAGAACGCUGAUUCUAUUACGGACCCUGGGAUUUUCUGUCACUUCCACAACAGGAUGCAUGUAUGGUGGCUUUUAUGUGUUAAUUUUGAAAAUCUCAACUAUUUUGUUCCUUACAGCAACAAAAUGAUGGCUGCAACUUUCUGGCCAGUAAAGCAUCUGAGCCUGUAGGGUGAAUUUUGUAGACUGCUUGUCUGAACUCUUUCCUAAUGUCUGAAAAGGACUUUCUAAGGAAGGAGGUGACUCGCACAUUUUGGCCUUUUAAAUAACUUAAGUAUUUAUUUAUUUUUAUCUCAUCCUGUAUAGGAGCUUUUCCCCUUUAGCUGCAUGGACUCACUAGCCAUCACCCCUCCUUCAGGCAAACAACAGAUUGUCUUACAAUGAUUCCCUCUAGCUGUAAUUUUAAUAUUAGCAAAUGCCAUCCACAGCAAAAUCAUGUGAAGUGGUUGACCAGUAAAAUUGCGCAGUGGCCCCUGUUUUUCCUGUGCCGAAUUAUGGGGCUGGAAGCAUAGGAGUAAUAUUAAGGAUUGAUCUAGUAUAUGUGUGAUAGUAUCCUUUGGCGUGUAUCUGGCUCCCAAAGAUCUCACAAACCUGUUAGGCUUAGGUUUAUGCACUCCCAUGAGGAGUCUGCCUGCAUACCUAGACAGUUAGAAAGCCGCUAUCAUUUAAUCAGCAUUACUUCUGAUUUAUUCUGGAAUAAAAUUAUUAAAGCCUGACUUGUACACACUCUCCCAUGUUUGCUGGACACCUUGUAACCAGAGGUAAUGCAAGUGUUUGAAAUCGCCGCUCUCUGGAAUGCUAACUUACUGAGCCAGUGCAGUCAGCUUGGGUUUCUUUCCAAAGUCACUUUGAUGCUGGGUAUCAGGCAUUGAUUGAGACAACUCUUGAUUUAUUCCAGCUGUAGGAGGGAUGUUGCAGUUCUUUUCCACUCAGCAGGGAAUGCCAACUGCUUUCUGUUGUUGCUGCAGAGACAUCCCAAGGGCGAAGGAGGUUGGAAGACAGCGUCCCUCAUCAAGAAUAUGGCAAGGCAGGAUGGCUUAACUGCAUGCCUUUGCAAUGCUAGAUUCUUGCUUCCCUGACUUAGCUGCGCAUUUCGCUUUUGAGUAACGUUACUGACCUUGUGAGUUUCCAGGGGAUGGAGAUACAAAGUUGUUUGUUCAGAAUGUCCCUGUUUGCAUUGAUCUCGGGUAGCAGUCGCCGCUGCAGGAUCAAAUGACUGUCACGUAGAUGAGAGUGUUGAGUUCUGACAGGAUGCAAAUCCUAGGGGUGUUGCAGAGCUGGAGCUCAAAAACAUCCUGUAGUAGUGGAAGCUUCUGGAAACUCCAGGCAUGCAGCUUGCCUGGCAGUCAAGGUAGUUAAUUUGUUUCCCAAACACUUUCUAACUGAUAGUGUUGAUUAGGGGUGCACUCUCCCUGCCUUCCUUUCUCUUUCCACUUCAUGCUCUGAUUUUUUUUCUCUAGAUCUGCUAAUUAAACUGCAGUGAUGUAAAGAAAUAGUUAUUUAAAGAAUUAGUAUGCAUUUUAGGGGAGAUUGUUAAUAUAUUAUGGCUGUGAAACAGUUCUUUUGAAUGCAAGGUUCUCUUUUGAUUUGCGAAGACUGUGAAAUAAAGACAACCUAUGUUGAAAA